GUGAGCAUGACAUACUCGAUUUCAAAGUAUUUGUCAAAUUAGAUAUUUAGCCAAUUUACCUACCAAACAGAAAUACAAAACGAGUUUUAUACCUGCCUUUACUUCCAAAGUUCAUUCGAAUAACAACGAUUACUCUCAUCACCAUGAACACCGAUAAAGAUUUCAUGAUAAUCAAGCAGCAAUCAGACGUAGAGCUUGAGACAAUGGCUACAAUAUAUAGCGUUAAAAUCCACUACGGGCCGUGCAACACUUUCUACUGUAGUACUCACAAGCCUGGGAGAUUGACUGGCCUGAGAGAUCGUCUGCAGACAAUGGGCUACAGAGUGCAACUGAUUCCAGAAAAGUUUGAGAACUACUGCAUGAUUGAAAUGUGUGGGCAUGAGGUUUUCCGCUGUAACCUGAAGAAUCUUAUGUACAAUACUCCUUUCUACAUGGAUCCGGUGUGCCUUCGCGCCGUGGAGGCCGUCCAAGAGGCGAGGAUCAAACUGAUGCGCGCGCGCAUACACCUGUGGGUCACCACACUCUCGCGCAAGGCUCACUUUGCCAAUGAGAAGUUACAGCUAAAGAAUCAUUGGCCCGAGAAGUUGAAUUUGCCAUCUCUCGCACCUUUAAGUACUUGCCUGGAUUGUUGCGGUAUUUGCUCGACUAAGGAGAAAUAGAAGAAGCGGGAUUAUUUUAAGUAUUUAUUACUGUUAGGAGUUAAGUUGCCAGGGUUCAAGUAAGGGAUGUUGUAUUCUAAGUAGUAGUAACCUUUGAUUAUACCUAUAGCAAAACGAAGCCACUCUCAAAUGUUUUAUGUUAGUUAAUUUUAGCUUUCUUAAAAUAAGUAUUGGCUUUUAUACCAAGCAGUGGGAUAUAUAGCUAUUUUAGUUUCCUGUAAUCCUGGCUAAUUUCCCCAUAUAUCCUUUCUAGUACCUAGGU